UUUACAUUUUUCAAUUCGGCUGUCCCCACUGUCAACUAGUAGCUAUUGAAUUCGUUUAAUUGAAAAUAUGCAACGUAAAGGUUGUGAUUUAAGAAGCGAAGAACAAAAGGCUCGAGUUAAGAAGUACAAUGACAGUCGAAGAAAAGGAAUGAAAUCUUUCGGACUAUUUGCUAGUGGUGCGGAUAACUCAAGAGACGGUUCUAAACAGAAAAAAUCUGAACUUGUAGCUCAAAGUAGGAAUAAGCGAAAGAGAGAUGAAAGUUUUUCUCGGUGGCCAGAUAUCCAUGAUCAACCAGCUGAUUCAAUUUAUGUUGAACAAGAUUUCAACCAAACUGUACCCCAAUUCCUGCAAAGUGCUCUCGAAAUUUUUUCUCUCUUAGAACAAAAGACUGGACUAAUUUCUUUGGCUAAAAGUAGGAAGCGUAAAAGAAAUGAAUGUUUUUCUCGGUUCUCAGAGACCUGUGGUCAACCUGUUGAUUCAUUUGAUGUUUCACACGAUGCUUCACAAUGGCAAAAAUCCAGUUUGAAUAUUGUUCAAAGUGCACCUCUAAAGAAAAACAAACUGCCCAAAGAUGCUUCCAGAAAGAUUAAAAGUAAACAUACCAGUUAAUCCAUACUCUGUCAUUGUACACCAGAAAAAGGAAUGAAAACAUCCGUAAAUGCGUCUUUAAAGAAAAACCAACUGCCUAGAGAUGAUAGCUGUUCUUCUCAUCAACUGUGUCUACUUUAUCCGAAUCUGUUGUACAGAAAAAAGUGAAUAUUUGUGUCAGAUGAUUCACCUGUUUAAGUGAAACAGAUAAAUGCAAAGAAAAGGUUGUGUUUUUGUGGAAAGUAAAAGAAAAUUAUACACGAAAUACGUCAAAUACUUCCAUUCCAUGGUAGUACAGUCUCUUAGAAUUUGCGUUGUAAAAAUUAUACGUAAAAUCUAACCUUUUAUUAAUUUUUAUCUAUAGGAAAUA